AUUAACUUCGUAUAUUCUUACGACUAUGAUAAUUAUUUUACUUCAUAUAAUUUUUUAUUCUAUUCAGUUUAUUUCUAACACCGUAAUGUAUUUAUUACAGGAUUUUUUGAAUUGUACAGUUUUUAGCUGGGAACCGGACACGAGUUGUAUUCCACAAGAAAGUGAUAUCUGCUAUGAAAGAAUUUCUAAAUAUGCUAGCGAAGUAUGGGCUAAUCUAAAUAAUUUCGAAGAAAUGAUCGAAUCAAAUAUAAAGCAUCCUAAAAAUAGCAAAGAAUGCAUGAAAUACAUAGGAACACUUUUUGAAAGAAAUUUGGAAGUUUGCGAAAAUGUUAAAAAUAUGACAUUCAUCUGUGACAUUAUUGAACUUAUGUUUCCAGAAGAAAUCAUGAAAGGAGAAAAGUGAUACAGCUGUAUGCAGCUAUACAGUAUAAAUAGUUUCUUACAAUAAUUUUAAACUAAUUGUAGCUUUAAAUCGAUAUCAGUCAAUAUUAUGUAUCUAAGCAAUGCUGUUUAUUUGUAUUUUAAACAAUAAAUCAAUAAUUUUACGCAAUUUA